CGCGUCUUGUGUGUAGGAGCCAAUACGUCGUUGACACGCUGUCACUAACCGGCCUUCUUUUUUUUGAAGGGGGUUUCCCUCGCGCGAGGGGAAAAACAAUACUCUCAAAUCUAUCUUCCACUGUCUUCCACUAACCGGUCGAGAAAAGGUUAACUUCUAUAGGUUCUAUAAUUACGAUACAUACAGAAGUGAUAUAGCCUGCUAUUGGAAUUCGGAACACAAAAACUUCCGUUUCAAGCAAACACAGCGACGCACCGACGCAUGAAAAAAUAGAGAAAGACAGCUUGGUUGAAACGACACUUCGAUUUCUGCACAUUGUGGCUUUAUCACUUACAUUGCAACCAAGUGUAAUACCUUAAAGAAGAGGAUGGCCCAUGGAAGAGAUAGAUCGUUGGCUGACAGUGUGAAGAACAUGUCUCCAGCUGAUAUUGAAGAUAUACAGAUGAAAGUUUAUAACUGUAUGUUGGAGGAAAUGCCCUUUUUAAAGGCUUUACAAGAAAUUGUAAAGUAUCAAGGCUUUGAUCCAAAAGUAAUGAUCACAUUGCUUUUAAAAUCACAUGAGAGAAUGAACGAACACAUCAGAGCACAUCCAGAAGCUAUUGACGUGGUCUCAGAAGAGAUAAAAGUAAAUGGUAAAACCGAAUCUUUCGAAUUCAACAGCAAUAUGUCUUUCACUUCAGAUAUAGAGUUCAUCUGCCUAACGUUUCUCACCAGAGGAGAGACAUUUAAAAAUAUUAGCAAAAAGAGCAUCACCCAAUGCAUGAAAAUUCUUAAAACAAAGUACAACAUAAAUACUGCAAAAAGAAGACCAGGCACAUCUUUAGAUAACAAAGUUGUAACCAUCCGCAGAAUUGCAGCUUCAUUCCCUAUAGUGACAGUGGGACUUUUCCAUAAAGGCUAUGGUAAAUCUAUUGUGGAUCCAACAAUUCUAUUUCCUAACAUUGAUCUACCCAGAGCAGUUUAUUCUCCUAUGAUCGCUUCUGCUAUUCCAAAAUCUGAAGAUGCUCCACUGGCCAUACUUUUAGCCAUUGCAGUUAAGACCGACGACAUAUUGCAUCAAACAGAUGCAAGGAGCAAUUUGCAGACGCAGCUCAGAGGUCUUAAGGUUCAAAUAUAUCAUUCAAAUGCUGAAACAGAGUCGGUAAAAAUUGAAAGUUGUAUCAGUUGGGGGUUGUUGGUAAUGGCCGCCGAUGGAAAACACACAUAUAUUAAUGCAAUUGUGGAUUCUCGUCAAAGAGCGAAAGAAAUAAUCAAGGAAUUGCGACCUACUGAUCCUGCUCUGAACAAUAUCUUGUCUCAAAUUUAAUACUAAUUGACCAAUGACUGAUCCCAAAAUCCAUAUUAUGCUAUGGAUUUUUGCAACUCAAUAGUUUAUUACCUAUUGCGAAUGGGGAAUGGACGGUAUAUUCCAGUUUUAUGUAAUUCGACCUAAAAUAAUUUUUACCAAUAUCAUAUAUGCAUAGCAACAUAUGGCGAAUUAUUUUAAUAUCAAAAUUGUAUGAGGUCUAUUCGUGUUGUCUGUACUUUUUGCUUACAAUCUUCGUUUUUUCUUUCUCUCACGCUUAAUAUCUAUAUAUUUCGUUUUAAGUGCAGUAAUUUUUGAGAAUUUAAGUAAUACGAACAAAUCUAUUAUUUUAAUGGCAUCUCAGUAAUGUAAGUAAUUUAUCAAGAUUCUAUUUUGUUUAUUUUAACACUAGUCUAAGCUAGAUCAAGGUGUUAUAAGAUAAAUGUUUGAAACAAGGGUGUUUUUAUAAGCACCUGCCAAUAAGAACAAAUUUUGUAUUGAUUUUGUUAUUAAAUCUUAAUUCUAUUUUGUAAUUGGAUAAGAUGGAAUGCAUUUGUGUUGACGUUUAAUA